AUGUCUACGGUGAAGGCUGUCAAAACUAAAAAGGGUAAAAUCGAGACAGAUGUUGAACGAUACCGUUCUGAGGGCUUUUGGAGUAAGGCCUUAGAAUUAAUCCUAGCCCAUGGAUCCGACCGCUCCACGUCUCUUCAUAUGUUAAAUCAGCUAAUACUUUGUGAAAAUGAACUAGAAUGGAACGAUCAAGGUGAAUUACCACCAGAAAAUUUGUCCAAGGCUAAGAGGUAUGCGGAAGAAGUUACGAAUGGAAAUGACGAGCAAUAUAAAUUUGAGGCAUCUGUCCUUCUUGGAAAAAUAUAUUAUCUACAGGGGAAUAGUGAAAAAGCUCUAAAGCUUUUAAGUUCCCUCAAUUUGUUAUCUGCCAAAAUGGACCCUAUUACACUGCGUUUCAAUUACAUCGUUAGUGAGGGCUUGGCUGUAUUGGGUUUGUGCAAAGAAGAACAGUCAAAGCUGAAAAGCCUAUCUGACAUAUCAAAAGAGAGAGACAAUAUCAUUGAUUUAUUCAACUUGGCUUGUCACAUGUGCAUAAAACAUCUUCAGGAAUUAGAUCGAACUCAACCAGAGCAUACCAAUUCAUCUGUCAGUGUACCACCGAUUGUAGAAAAAGUCAUACAAAAGAUUCCGGAAAUUCUGAUUAAAAAGGGUGACAUACCUGGUGCUAUUUCGAAGUAUCGAACUAUUCUUGGGUACUGUGAGUUGCCUGCUACCAGGUCUCUUAGACGAGCUUUAUCCUUACGGUUUUCUGAACUACUGUUACGGAGUGUAUGCAUAAAGACAUAUCACAAGUAUAAUACAUCGAUGGAUCAAGAUUCCUCAACAGAUAAGGAUGCACAACUAAUUCCAUAUCGAUAUCCUACAAAUAGAUAUAUUCCAGACAAUCGGAUAGAAGAAGCCAUUUUUUCGUUAAUGAUUUCCGAGCACAUAGCUAGUCAAGAUGUUAUACUUAAUCGACCAUCAGAGUUAUCUGAACCACAAAUAGUUCGAUCAUUUAACAAUGCAGCUGCUGUCUACGACUUACUUGCCAUACUUCUUACUAAAGUUAAACAUUUCAAAUUUCUUUCUAAAUGCCUUGAAAAAGCACUCAAGUUUUCUUAUCAUCAAUUUCAUAUCUGGUAUCAAUUCGCUUUAUCACUAAUCAGUUCUAAACAAUAUUAUCGUGGUUAUUUGGCUCUACGCGAAUGUUUACGAAUUGAUAAUUCUAAAAUAUCCGUUUAUCUAUUCGCUAGUUCAUUAUGUUUGGGUCAUUUGAAUUUAAUUGAAGAAGGCAUGGAAUUAGCUUCACAGGCUGUAGAGGUUUCUGCACAGUCUGAAACCGCCUUUAUGGCUCGUGCUCAUUUACUAGUUGGUUGGGGUUGGUCUAUAUUAGCCAGGUCAUGUUGUGUUGUAGAUAAAAAAAGUGAAUUGCGUAAUCGUGCUGUAAAAGAGUAUAGAAUUGCUAUUCAACUAGAUCCCGAUGAUUAUCUAGGAUGGUAUCAUUUAGCUGUUGAAUUGGCUACACAACGUCAUUUGGACGAAGCCUUGUCAAUUUGUCAACAAAGUUUACAAUUAAUGCCAAUACAUUCCAAUACAUUGUAUUUAUUAGCGUUAUUGCAUACAGCUGGAGGGAAACGUUUAGAUCAAGCUGCAAAGGCAUUAUAUGUUGGUUUAAGCGAUAGACCAAAUGAUUUUAAUUUAUUGUUUUUAUUAGCUAAAAUUGAAGAAGCUAGAAUUAAUCCUAAAGCUGGUUUGAAAGUCUAUCGUCAAUUGUUAAAAGUAUGGCGUGAUACAUUCUCGUUAGGGACUAAUUCAAAGGUAAUAUUCAAUCGAAUUCGAAAAGCUGCCCUAUCAAAUAACAACGAUAUAACUAAUUCAAAUACUCCUGAUGACUUAACACUCUCCAGUGUUUCUUCAUUCAGUCCGUCGUUAGAAUUAGACGAUGACUGUUCAAUACUAAAUGUAUGGGAAGAAAAAACUAACAACAGCAAUUACUUACAGUCUGCGCUAUCUGAUAUAGCGAUUGGUUGUGCUGGCCAAACUGGUGCAUCUAUCGUACCGCUUCCAAGACAAUCUCGUCCGGGCAAUCAAAAUCAAACAACUGCUUUGAAAGUACAAAUUAAAAUUUACCAAGGUCUAGCGGAGUCAUAUUUAGACAAUAAUCAACUGUUUGAAGCCAAAGAAGCAUUAGAUGAAGUAAUGAAAAUUGGUGGUCUUGAUAAUCAAACAUUAUAUCUUCGUGGACGUUUAGCAGAAGAACGAGGACUCGUAUGCAUAGCCCGAUCUCUAUAUGAAAGCGUUAUUGCAUUGAAGCCGGACCAUUUACAGGCAUUGCUUUCUUUAGCUAGUCUUUUACAUAAAAAUAAUCAAACAACCCUGGCUGAACGUGUAGCACGAGAUGCAAUGAACGUGGACCCAACAAGUUUUCGUGUAUGGCGUUUACUUGCUGACAUAUUAGGUUCGUCAAAUACACCGGAACCAGCAUCUGAAGCUGUUGUUACACGUGCACUAUUAACAGCCAUUGAACUGGAACAAACUGAACCGAUUGAACCAUUUUAUUGGUUACCACUUGGUGUACGAUGUAAUUAA